AUGCAGAAGAAGGUCUCCCCUUUGACUCCGGAGACACACGGCAAAGGCGACUCUAUGGCGCCAACCUUUCAAGACACUACGAGCACUACGAAAUCUACGGAGCAUCCCUUUUGCGAUGCACACGGCAAUAGCAUUUCCAAGCCUGAUGAUGUGGUCAGGCCAUCUCCAAAGAAGGGCCAACAGCCCAAUCACUUGCUUCCCAGCGUGGCCAAGAAGAUUGCAAGGAAUGCUGCAACCAUGGGAGCCCUUUUGCUUGAUGUCGAAUACUAUCUCCUGGACAUCAAGGAUGACAACACUGAGUUUGAGGGCAUCCAAUUGACUGGCACUGUUCGUGAAGAAGUUUCUGAGAUCUUUGCAUUGACCAGGAACCGAUAUCCAGUCAAUCCUCCCACAGGCAAGGAGUUGGAUGAGAUCCGCAAGAUGAUGUUACGUGUUCACAAAGCUUCUGGUCAUGCAUCAUUCACGAGCCUUCAACGACUUCUACGUGCUCGGAAAGCUCCUCCAUGGGCCAUUGAAAUGGCCGGCAAGAUGGAAUGUCCCUCUUGCAAGGAGGCCAAGCGGAUCCCACCAGUUUCGGUGGCUUCUUUGAAAGAACUCCCAGCGCUCUAUGAGGUUGUGGGCAUGGAUGUUUUUGAGUAUGAGUACAGCGAGCGCAAGUUCAAAUUUCUGCUGAUGCGUGAUCGUGCAAGUGGUUUGGUGCAAGUUGAGUUUCUUCAAGAAUAUGGAGCUGAAGGCCUUCCACGAUCGUGGGAACCCAAGACGGCAGAUAUUAUCAACUGCGUAUGUCGAUGGCUCAUGGUGAACCCAACUCCAAAGUGGUUGAUCACAGACAGUGCAACCUACUUCACCUCGAUGGCCUUCAUUGACUUUUGUGGGUCCUCAGGAAUUGGCCUUCUUACUACUCCUGCUGAAGCUCAUGAGAUGCUUGGAUCUGAAGAAGCUUGCAUUGGCGUCCUCAAAGAGACGGUGAAGCGCUUGCUCAGUGAGGUCCCUGAUUUGCCCAUCGGCGACGCGUUCAGACUGGGAGCCAAUUCUCACAACCAAACUGUGGGACCCAGUGGCUUCAGUCCGUUUCAGUGGACAAGGGGAUCAUCAAGUCCUCAUGAGAACUUGCCCAAGGGAAUUGCCCCUAUAGAAGCUUUUGGUGGCAUGCUCAAAUUGAAGGAGCAAGCACGAAUCAACUAUGAGAUUGCCAAUGCGAAGCACAAGAUCUCACGGCUCAACAACAGUGCACCCAAACCAUCAGUGAUUUACCAGCCUGGACAGUUGGUGAUGCUAUGGCGACAGCGAAACCGCCCUGGAAAAGUGACUGGAUCAUGGUUGGGUCCAACAAGAUUGCUUUUGGUUGAAGGUGGAACUGCAUGGUUGGCUACAGGAUCAACUUUGAUUCGGGCACGUCUCAACCAGAUCAGGCCUUGCACCUCUAGGGAAGACCUUCAAGCUUCCUUGGAAGGUACUGCAGUGAUGACCACUCCUACGACCAUGGAGAAGUUGCUUCAGUCUUUCACUGGCCAUGGUCGACAGUGGCUGAUCCGUGUUCAUCAUCUUCCACGGCUAGCACUCUUCUCACCUUCACGACUUCAAGACCUGCCAGUUCCACAAGACAAGUUGACAGGUCGCCGGAUCACCAUUGUGAGGUCUAUGCUUGGUGAUACUCCUGAAGCGAGGAUUGAAGACAACUUCAAAGAUGGCCAAGAUCCUCAUCGUCAUCUCACUGAACGAUGGCGUGGAGAAACUCGCUUGGAAGUGGCAAUUGAGCCAACACUUCCACCAAGCUCAAGUUCCAAGAAAACCACCGUGAAGAAAACUAUUUCCAAGCAGAAGAAUGACAAGGUCAAAUUGAAGGAUGAUGCUCAAGAUGCGAGCGAAGUUCCAGUGCCUAUGACACCAACAGCUCCUGGGUCAAUACUUCCUCAAGUUCCACAGUUAGAACCUGAGACACCACAACUACAACAAGAGGAACCAUCCAUGGAUGAUGAUCCGGAGCCACCUCCAGUGACAGGCCAACAACUACCGGCCGGCCUCGCGCCAUGCACAGCUCCUGGAUGCAUGCUUUCAGGUGGCCAUGAAGGUGCCCACCGUGAUACUUUUGGAGUCAGAUACUCAUGGAAUUCAACCUCAGGUCGAGUCGACGUCGAUGAACGUGACGGCUCAUCCUCCUCUACCUCAAGUGCAUCAAGUUCAGAAUCUGAAGAGCUAAUGCCACAUCCGAUGAAGGCAGCUAUCUGGCUCUCCAAGAAGAUGGAAUCGAAAGGAAAAGAAGCAAGAUGGAGCAAACUCACUCUAGAAGAGAAGAAAAGCUUUGAUGGUGCUCAAGCAAAAGAAUUGAGCAAUGUCUUGACCUCAAAGGCAUUGCGCAGCCUCACUGCCGCAGAGGAAGCCAAUUUGGAUCAUCGCAAAGUCAUGCAGAUGCGAUGGGUCCUCACUUGGAAGUCAGACCAGACGGCGAAAGCGCGAUUGGUAGUGCUUGGAUAUCAGGCACCAAAUUUGACACAGGUCCAAGCUUCAGCUCCAACCAUGGCCAAGCUGAGCCGAAAUAUGGUCCUGGCAAUUUGUGCCAACGAGCGCUUCACAGUCCGUGCUGGCGAUGUGACGGCAGCUUUCUUGCAGGCGACUCAAUCUCUUGAAGACGAAGAUUUGUUUGUAUGGGCCCCAGCAGAGUUGGCUACGUUGUUUGGAGCAGACCCGAGCAACCCAGUCAAGGCCCUCAAGAUUCAGCGUGCAUUUUAUGGCCUUGUUCAUGCGCCGCGAAAGUGGUAUGACCAUGUUUGUGCAACACUUCUUUCACAUGGAUGGAGACGGUUGACAAGCGAUGGUUGCGUUUUUGUGCUUUUCAAUGGGGAUCGACUUGUGGGCAUAGCUGGAACCCACGUCGAUGAUUUUCUAUUGGGAGGCGAUGACAAUGAUGAGGUGUUCAAACAAGCUAAGGCCAAGUUGAUGCAGGCUUACAGGUGGGGCAAAUGGGAAGAAUCCACUUUUGAGUUUGCGGGCACCACCAUCACUCAAAGGUCUGAUUUCAGCAUUGAGAUUUCUCAGCAGAAUUACAUUGAGAAAUGGCUUGACGAGAUCUACGUUUCCAAGGACCGUCAAGUUGCGAAGAAAUCCCUGCUGACUCCGUCGGAGAUCUCUUCUCUCCGAGGCCUCAUUGGCACCAUGUCAUGGAAGGCCAGUCAGACCGGCCCACAAUAUGUUGCAGAUGUGAGUUUACUGCUUUCCGAGAUUCCCUAUGCCACAGUGGAUACGUUGUUGAGAGCAAACAAGCUUGCGAGAGAAAUGAAACGAGAUUCUCAGCAGGUGCUACGCUUUCCCUCGUGGGGAAUUUCCUGGAAAGAUCUUGCAGUUGUGACAUGGGCAGAUGCUUCAAAUCAUAACAGACCAGACCGUUCCUCUACAAUGGGCAUGAUCUCUGGAUUGGCCCCCAAAACAAUUUUGGAAGGACAAGAAGUCCCUGUUGCUUUGGUGAAUUGGCGCUCUGGGAAGACACCGCGCCAGUGUCUUGGAUCCAACGGUGCGGAGAUUCAAGCGAUCACUGAAGGCGAAGACAUGACUUUCAAAAUCAGAGGUUUCCUGAUUGAUGUCUAUGGCAUUGAGUUCAACCGCAGAAAUUUGUAUGAGCAAGUCAAACGUUUUACAUCUGGUGCAGUUGUCAUGGACAGCAGAGGUGUGUUUGACGCAGCCACAAGGAACGUUUCUGCACUUCAUGGCUUGCGCAGCAGCCGCGCUGGCUAUGAGUUGGCUCUAUCAAUCAUUCAGGCAAGAUCCAUUGAUACGAAAUUCAGAUGGGUCAACGGAAUGGUUCAGCUAGCAGAUACUCUUACAAAAUCCAACUCUCGAAAGGUGCUUUUGCAUAUGAUGAGUCUUGGACAAGUUUGGAGUGUGAUUUUUGAUGAGAAAUUUACUGCUGGCAAGAAGAUUCGCAAACAAGAGAUGCUACGCAAGAUGAGACAAAUGGAGCUUGAUUUCUUUUCUGCCAUUGACCGAUUGGCGAAAGAGCAGCGCUGGCCCAGGUACGAUGAAGAUCCCAGGAGUAUGGGUGAUGUGCUGACCGAGCUUUCAUUGUCUGCGUGA